AUGGCACUAGGUGCAUCUAUACGGGGAUGGAAACAUUGUAGGCCAGUUGUUGUGGUUGAUGGCACCUAUCUAAAUGGACAUUAUGGUGGCACCUUAUUCACGGCAUGUACACAAGAUGCAAAUAACAGCAUUUAUGUACUUGCUUUCGGGAUUGGGGAUAACGAGAAUGACAGCUCCUGGACAUGGUUUUUUAGACAGUUGAGAAAAGUAUAUGGGGAUAGAGACAGUUUGUGCUUCGUGUCGGAUCGUCACAACAGCAUCAAAAAGGCGAUUGAAAAUGUGUAUCUGGGAGCAUGUCACGGGAUAUGUUCUUACCAUCUACUACAAAAUCUAAAAUCACAGUACGGGAGAUCAGGACAAAACAUAACACAAGCAUUCAAUGCAGCUGUUCAUGCCUACACACUAUUGGAAUAUGAAUAUUACAUGCAACAACUCGACUCGAUUAAUCAGAAGAUAAGGGGUUAUCUGGUACUAUACUAUAUGUUGUCCUAUGAUGAUAUUCACAUAAAUACGUUUAACAUGGAUGAAGUUGGACCUGAGAGAUGGUCACGUUUCCACAUGCCUUCAAACCGGUAUUCUACAAUGACAUCGAAUAUUGUGGAGUUGGUUAAUGCGGUUACAAAACACAAGGAGGAUGCCCAAGGCACUUUGACAACCUUGUCAAUCAAGUAUGAGAAGAAGAUAAGGGAAAUGAGUACAGAUAUGAGAAACCUGUGGGUUUCACCUAUUAAUCAGGCAAUGUUCUCAGUUAGCGGUGAAAGUUCCUCCUUCGUUGUUGAUAUAGAAAAUCGGACAUGCACAUGUAGGAUGCUUCAAGUUGAUCAACUAUCUUGUCCACAUGCUUUGGCUGUGUUUGCGAGUAUGAAGAUGGAUCCAUAUGAAUACUGCUCCUACUACUACACAAGUGAAGCGUUCAGAAAUACAUACCAAGAAACCAUUUUUCUGCAAAGUUGUGAAAGGCCUACUGAGAAGAGAUUCAAAGCAGCGUACGAGAAAAACAUAACUGUCAAAUGUGGUCGGUGUGGUGAAAGUGGUCACAAUUGUAGAACAUACAACAACUUAGUUCCGUUGAGUCAAAGCAAUAAGAAUAAAGAGAGGAAGAGGAUGAAGACUGGAAAUGCACAUUGA